GAUCUUUGCAGAUCCAUUGAGAGGACGGCGUCUCUCUAUAUCUCUGACGGGCGGACUUGGAAGUAACCAUUUGUGAUUGGAGCGGAAAUGAUGCAUUUUGCUUGGGUUGACGUUUCUCCGCUGCUGGCUUCAGGCCUGCUAAUUUCCGUCAUGGUUGCCUUUUUUUGUCGCUGAAAGGAUAAUGACUCGAAUCGCUGAACUCAAGCAACGACUACUUCAUCCCUAUUAUAUUAUUCAUUCCGUUUACGGAGGCUUCUAUAUACUGUACAAGCUCAGUAGGCUGGCCACCAAUGGCCCUUCUGAAUUCUCGGUAAGUUAUUGUUGUUCCUCGCCAUGGCAGUUGACUCCAUGACGACAUUCAAGUGACAUGUUUUUUUUUCUUCAUGGUCUUUAACGUGUGAAAAACAAACAAAAAAAGAAUAAUGACUUGAAGGCUUAUAUGGCACUGGGAUGUCUUUCGCUCUGGAAGUGUGUUAUGGCCUCCACUGCCGAAGAACUUGCAAGUGUGGUCAUCCUUUACACUAAAUUUUUUACGGUGUGUAAUUUAUACUGGAAAUUUGGCAUGUGGCGAACCGUUUUCUAUAUAUUUGGCUGGAUUGCCAUUUCAACUUUAUUCCCGCAACCAUGGUACCAAGGACCGACGAAAAUCAUCGAAUUAACAGAGAGUGCUUUCAGACAACGGGUCCUCAAACCGAGCAAGAAAUCGAGCGCGAAGAACACCAUGCCCAUAGAGGACAUCGAAGGCCCUCGCAUCACUGAAGUUCACAGUGACAGCGCCGAGGAAUCGUCGGCCUCUUCUGCGUCCGUCAAGUACUGGGUCGUCAUGUUAUAUGCGAAUUGGUCAGUCUCCUGUCUCAACUUUGAAGGCAUUCUCGCCCAUCUUUCACUCCAGUACACAAGAGAUCAUAUGAAAUUUGGCAAAGUGGACGUGGAUCUGUACCCGGAUAUUGCCCAGGAAUUUGGCAUUAGCCGUGACCCGGCUUCGUUUGAUCUGCCUACUUUGGUCUUGUUCCAGAACGGAACCGAGAUCAGACGGCUGCCAGAAUUGACCAUCAAAAAGGAAAACAAUGGUCAAACAGCAUCCAAGGCCGAUGCAGCCAAGGAUACAAUUACGCGACUAGGUUGGAGCAAGAAAGCCGGAACGGUGAUCCGAAGUUUCCAAUUAGAUAAUCUGGCUGCUGAUAGACGAUGAUUUGCUUGUAGCUUUCCCAUAAAAUAUAGAUCAAGUAUAUUCCAUAGCUAUUAUACAUCUAAUCGGCUUCUUCUGGCAAUUCAUAAUUUCAUGCGUGAUUGCGCCGAGGCUGAAUUAAUAGAAUAUGCCAUUGGCUAUUUUUAUUCUGUUGCAC